AUUUUUAAGCAUUUCUUUUUGGUCGCCUGCAUUGAAUUUGCCUGGUCCUACCCUAACCUAACAGUCAUCCCUCUCCUCUCAACACUAUAAAUAGUUACAGUUUCCAACUGCCUGUUUCUUCCUCCCCUCCCCCUCCGAUUUCCCUUCGGGUUUAAUUUUUUCCUUCCCCUUCACUUUUCCCUGUUGCUAAAAGCUAAAGGCUGGCUUCCCUACUUCCUUUUGUUUGAGAAAUUAAGUAUAAGGUAGAUACUAUUUACUUCUUUCAGGAAAAGAAAGAACAGAUCUGUCUGUCUGUCUGUGUAGAUGUGUCAGAGAUCAUGAGAGGUGAUGGAGAAGAGUCAGAAAGAAGAAAGGCCAAUAAGUUCUGGUAACUAUUAAGACCCAAACUAUUUAUUAUAUAGUACCAAUCCAAAGAGAUAGAUUUAAGGAAAAAAAAAAAGAAACAAUGUGGAGCAGAUUGUGGUCCUCCUCUGCCUCUGGGGUUUUGAAGCGCACCCUAUUGGCGGCCAACAAAUCCCUUUCAACAUCACCGCGAUGCGUCACCAGGACUAUUGCUUCCUCUGCCUAUUCUUUUUGUUUUUCUGGUAGAGGAGGAGGAGCUGCUGCUGCAACACCAUUUUGCAGCAAAAUCACAUCCUUUUGUUUUUCUUCCAUGAUCGAUGCUGAUGCUAAUGAUAAUGAUUCUUCACCCUCCUCUAAUAAUAGUAACAGUGAUAGUAAUAAAAAUGUUUUGAUAACAUGUGCGGAGGCGAAGAGGCUGAUGAGACUGGUGAAUGUGGAGGCUCUAAAGAUGAAGCUUGGCAUGGAAACCAAGGAAAUUAUCCCAUACUCAGACCUCCUUGAAGCCUGCCAAAGCAUGGGUAUUGCCAGAUCUUAUGAUGAAGCCGUUACUUUUGCUCGUGUCCUUGACGAUGCUGGUGUCGUCUUUCUCUUCGGUGACAAAGUCUAUCUUCAUCCUGAUAAGGUGGUAUAUCUGAUUAGAAGAGCAGUGCCGCUUGCUCUAACUCCUGAGGACGACCCUGCAAGAGAGGAGCUAAAGAUACUUCAGGGGAAGAAAGAAGAAAUUGAUGUGCUGGCAAAUAAGCAGGUUCGCCGCAUCCUUUAUAGUGGGUUGUGUUUAGCUUUAUUACAGGUUGGGUUGUUUUUCCGGCUAACAUUUUGGGAAUUUUCAUGGGAUGUAAUGGAACCAAUAGCUUUUUUUGGCACAACCGGUAGCAUAGUCAUAGGUUAUGCAUACUUCCUGAUCACUGCAAGAGAUCCAACUUACCAAGACCUGAUGAAGAGGCUAUUUCUCUCAAGGCAAAGGAAGUUGUUCAAGAAGCUGAAUUUUGAUGUUGAGAGAUUUAAGGAGCUACAACUUAAAUUGAAAUCACCUCCGGAUGCCACUGCCUCUAUUAAAAAACGUGCAGGGAUGGAACUGGAACUGGAUGAUGCAAUACACAAGCAAUAACCUCUUGUUUUGUUUUGAAAGGUGGCAUUCCUGCAGCUUCUUAUUCCAAGAGAAUGCUAUGACAAACAAUUACUGUUAUUAAUAGUGCUGGAUAAUUGGUGUAUUUUUUGUUGGACAGCUUGUAAUGCUGAAAGCAUUAAUGCCCAUGCCCUUCUUUGAAUUUA